GAGAGAAAAGAGACAGAGGAGGGAGGCAAAUCGCAGCUUAUUUAUAACGGAGCAGCACCAGGGGCUCUCCAGAUCCUCCUGCACAGCCGCGGCUGGGAGGUCACUGCCGAAAGCCGCGCCGAGCCGAGCCGAGCCGAGCCGUGCCGUGCCGGGCGGGAGCCGCGCCGGGAGCCGGGGCGGGCACGGGGCGCUGCGGCUCGGAGCCUCCCCCGCGCCCUCCUCCCGCCCAUGCUGCCGGUGCCACGGCACAGCCCGCAGCAGCCCCUGCACAGGAGGAGCGCAGCUCGGUCCCUCCAGCGCCAUGCCUCGGGCCACCACCCUCAUCCUCAUCCUGGCCGGGCUCUGCGGCUCCUCCCUGGGCCAGUACAACGAGGAGGAGGACCUGGCGUGGCUCCAGUACUACCUGCGGCAGUCCCGCGUCUCCUCCUACAACUACGUGCCCUACUACGAGGAGGAGAGCCCCGCGUACGCCUACUCCUACCCCUCUGCCACCGACACCGAGCCCGAGCCCGAGCCCGCGCCGCAGCAAGCGGCGCCCUGGCGCUGUCCCCAAGAGUGUGACUGUCCCCCCAACUUCUCCUCGGCCAUGUACUGCGACACGCGCAACCUGCGCUACCUGCCCUUCGUGCCCUCGCGGAUGAAAUAUGUCUACUUCCAGAACAACCUCAUCACCUCCAUCCAGGAGGGCGCCUUCGACAACGCCACCGAGCUGGAGUGGCUGGCGCUGCACAACAACCAGAUCAGCAGCGAGAAGAUGGGCAAAAGGGUUUUCGGGAAGCUGCAGCGCCUGGAGAGGCUCUACAUGAACAACAACAACCUGACCAGGCUGCCCGGCCCGCUGCCGCGCUCGCUGCGCGAGCUCCACCUCUCCUACAACCAGAUCUCCAAGGUGCCUCCCAACGCUCUGGAGGGGCUGGAGAACCUCACGGCGCUCUACCUCAGCCACAACUUCAUCUUCGAGAUGGGCGCGUCCCUCAAGGGGCUCAAGUCGUUGAUCCUGGCCGACCUGAGCUACAACAACCUGAGGAAGGUCCCCGACGGGCUGCCGGCGUCCCUGGAGCAGCUCUACCUGGAGUACAACUACAUCAACGCCAUCCCCGACGAUUAUUUCCAGGUGUCGCCGAGGCUGCUCUACGUGAGGAUGUCCCACAACAGCCUGACCAACCAAGGGCUCUCCAGCAACACCUUCAACAGCAGCAGCAUCCUGGAGCUGGACCUCUCCUACAACCGGCUGCAGAAGAUCCCGCGGGUCAGCACCAACCUGGAGAACCUCUACCUGCAGGGCAACCAGAUCAACGAGUUCUCCAUCAGCAGCUUCUGCUCCGUGGUGGACGUCGUGAACUACUCGCGGCUGCAGGUGCUGCGCCUGGACGGCAACGCCAUCAAGCGCAACGCCGUGCCCCCGGACGCGCCGCUGUGCCUGCGCCGCGCCACCGUCAUCGAGAUCUGAGCCCCCCAGGACUCGUGCCCCCCACCCCGGGGGGAUCCCCCCCUUUCCUGCUUUCCCGUCCCACUCGGCUCGGCGGCGGAGCGAUGGCGGAGCGCUCGCGGUUUUCCCGAAAUUCUCUUUUUUUUGGGGUCGGACCUCGGCUCUGAGCCCGCCACGAAGCGUUGGCACCUCGUGUGCCGGGCUGGGGGGGACACGGCAGGGGGGGGGCUCACCCCGCCUUGGAUGUGGGGGAAUCAAACCCCGAUCCCAAAUCGGCGUCUGAACUCCCUGAAGGAGCAUCCUUCCAGGGGGAUCAGCCCCUUUGUCCAUGGGGAAAUCCCAGUCCUGAUCCCAAAUCUAGGUCUGAAUCCCCCAAAAGGAGCAUCCUUCCAUGGGGAUCAGACCCUUUGUCCAUGGGGAAAUCCCAGUCCUGAUCCCAAAUCUAGGUCUGAACUCCUGAGCAUCAAACCCUUUUUCCAUGGGGAAAUUCUGUGGGGAUCAGACCCUUUGUCCAUGGGGACAUCCCAAUCCCAACCCCAAAUCUGGGUCUGAACCCCCUGGGGAUCAAACCCUUUUUUCAUUGGGAAAUUCUAUGGGGAUCAGACCCUUUUUCCAUGGGGACAUCCCGAUCCCAAAUCUGCAUCUGAACCCCCCAAAAGGAGCAUCCUUCCAUGGGGAUCAGACCCUUUGUCCAUGAGAAAAUCCCAUGGGGAUCAGACCCUCUUUCCAUGGGGAAAUCCCGAUCCCAAAUCUAGGUCUGAACCCCCUGAGGAUCAGACCCUUUUUCCACGGGGAAACCCCAAUCCCGAUCCCAAAUCCGGGUCUGCCCCCCCUGAGGAGCACCCGAGGGGUUGGGAGCUGCAGCAGUGAAGGGUUGCAGAUCUCCAGGCUGGAGGAUCCCCCAGUGUGGGGUGAGGAGGAACAAAUCCUUCCCUUCCCUUCCUUUUCCCCCCUUUUCCAUCAACCUGCUCCAGAAUUAACGGAGAGAAACCCUAAAGGAGAGAAACCCUAAAGGAGAGAAACCCACCCUGGGGUCCCUGAGGAACUGGGGGUCCCAAAUCUUCCUCAGGAGCAGGGCAGGACGGGGAAAAUCCUGGAGCUGUCACCCCUCCCUGAGCUCAGGCCCCCGGGACACCCCAAUUAAAACCCCAAAACCAAUCACAGAGCCACGUAGGAAUUCCCUAAAAAUCCCAAACUCCCCAGCUCAGCCCCCCGGGUGGCUGAGUUUGAGGACGAAGGGGCAGCUGAGCUUUGGGGUCACCGGUCCGGGUGGUCACCCCGGCCCUCCGCCUUGUUCCUGCAUGCAAAGAUCUUUUUUAAAAACCCCAAAAAAAACCCCAUCAUUUCACCAGCAUGAACUGUAAACCCCAAAGCCGUCAAUAAAACCCUUGCAGCGCCUGCA